GCGCUGAGAAAAGAGAAGGCAAAUGGAUCAGGCGGUGGAAAUGGAGAGCGAAAGGACUGGGAGGGUGAACAAAAAUGUUCAGGAGACAUGGCGUGGCAGCGUGACACAAUAAAGGAAUCCCUGCUCACCGAAAGGACUGCGCCGGAGGAACAAGUCAAAGCCCGGGAGUCGAGCUGUACGUGUGGAGGAUUUCCAUUCCUCUCUGCUUUGGUCUUUCCUCGUUUUACCUAAUCAGUGCGCACACACCGUCUCCGCUGAGCAGGAUCUGCAGGGAGAAGUCUGUGACCAGCAACCUCGUCUGACAGCGUACAAGGUUCCUCAGUAUGAGUCGAGAUGGGUGGAUGAAGAAGAAAGCCAACGCCAGUGAUGACAAUGGUUGGGCUGAGAGGGGCGGCUACAUGGCUGCCAAAGUGUCGAAACUGGAUGAGCAGUUUAAAUUGGAUGCCCCGAGAGAAAAGCAGAAGGAGGGAGCGAGUUCCAGCAUCUUCAGCGGAGUGGCUAUUUAUGUCAAUGGAUACACAGACCCAAGUGCAGACGAACUCCGCAGACUGAUGAUGCUGCACGGAGGUCAGUUCCACGUCUACUACUCGCGCUCCAAGACCACCCACAUCAUUGCUAGCAACCUACCCAACAGCAAAAUCCAGGAUCUCAAAGGGGAAAAAGUCAUCGGGCCAGCGUGGAUCACAGACAGUAUUAAGGCUGGGCGUCUGCUGCCUUACCUGAAGUACCAGCUGUACUCUAAACACAAGAACACGCUCUUUCCCGGCACGGCCUUGGAGGUUGCAGGCCCGAGCCGCGGCCCCUUUCAGGCGCUUGUUCCCCAAACGCGUCGUCUGCCGCAGCACAACACUGAGCUCUGUGUUCCCCACAAUGGGCUGCCCUCAUCCGGCCGCCAGAACAACUCCAUCCCUGUCCUCAACCACAGGGGAGCUCACCCUCAGCCCGCCCAGCACAGCUCCGAGGCUCGCCCGGGUCACCCCCGACCGGCCCAUUCAGCAUCCCUUCAACCCAUUACAGAUUCCAGGCACAGGGCGCCUUCACACACGGGGAGCUCACACAACUCCCUGCCUUCUCCUCACCCACAGCAGGAAGAAUGGAAAACAAAAAUGGACAGAAACGGACUACUGCGGACCUCACUAGAUAUCAUUAGCCAUUCAAUAAGGACAGAAACGCAUGAGUGUGGGGGAAACGAUCCUCAUGGCCCCGAAGCGUCUGAAAAUAAGUCUCCCUUGACCAAUGGACACCCUCCCCUUAUUGACAGUGCCUUAAAGCCAGAGGAGCUGUCCCCUGUGACGGAUCAGUCCUCUUCCAAUAGGGACAUGCCCCAAUGCAGAAUGAAGAACUCACCGGAUAAACCUCAGAGCCCUCCAGUGCGGACCCAGACCAAGCCAGACCCAUAUGAGUUUCCCCUCAGCCCUCCGAAGCAAUCUGACCCAUCCCCGGGUUUUGGGGGACAAUCCAGCACGCAAGGAGCCACUGACAAGACACCGAUACCUCCGCCUCCCACCUUCCACGAGGCCAUCGAAGCCGGUCAAGUCCAGCUUCUCCCUCAGCAGCUUCAGCCACCCCCUCAGGUCGACGCUAUUUCUGAGCAGGCUCAUCGUUCCCAUGCAUCUUAUGCCCGUCCACGUUCUUCCGGUCGACCGAACGGAAGCUACCACACUGCCUUGUCCCCUGGCCUGGCCUCCCCCGGCACGGCCACUCGGACAGCCGGACCCCGGCCUCCUGCUGACGGGUCGCCGUCCAAGGCUCCGGCGCCGCUGCUGGAGCAGACCGGCGGCCUGAUCUCCGAGUUCUACUCUCACUCCCGCCUGCACCAGAUCUCCACGUGGAGGAUUGGCUUCUCCGAGUAUGUCAAUAACCUCCACAGCAAACAGAAAGCCGUAGGGGGCACCUCCUACCCCGGGAAAGAUCGUUUGAGGAAAUCCGUGGCUCAGCGGUCUGCACACUGCCAAGGUACAUCAGCACCAGUCACCGUUAAGUCUUGCAUCCUCCACGUGGAUAUGGACUGCUUCUUUGUGUCCGUUGGGAUCCGACACCGACCAGAACUUAAAGGGAAGCCAGUGGCUGUUACCAGUAACCGUGGACAGGGCAGAGUGCCGGUCAGGCCUGGAGCUAACCCUCAGCUGGAGCUGCAGUACUAUCAGAGCAGACGCACGCUUCCUGGGCCCGAGAGUGCAGAGGACGAUCUACACACCACACCCUCACAAGAGAGUCCUGAUUCGUAUUCCAAUGGAAUGAACCUGGAUGCCGCUGCUCUCUCCAUGGCAGAGAUAGCUUCCUGUAGUUACGAGGCGAGGCAGGCGGGCGUGAGGAACGGCAUGUUUUUUGGCAAAGCCAAACAGCUGUGCCCGUCACUACAGUCUGUCCCAUAUGAUUUUGAGACGUAUAAAGAAGUGGCUCUGAGCAUGUAUGAGAUUCUUGCCGGUUACACACAUGACAUAGAGGCUCUGAGCUGUGAUGAAGCGUUGAUAGAUGGCUCCACUCUGCUGGCAGAGGUGGGCAUAAGCCCAGAUGACCUGGCCCAGGCCAUCAGAGCCGACAUCAAGGAGAAAACGGGAUGCAGUGCAUCAGUUGGCAUGGGGUCCAACAUCCUUCUGGCUCGACUGGCGACCCGUAAGGCCAAGCCAAACGGGCAGUACUUCCUCAAAUCUGAAGAGGUGGACGAUUUUAUCAGGGACCUCCCAGUGACCAGCCUGCCAGGUGUUGGGCAUGUUAUGGGCAAAAAGCUGGCUUUUAUGGGCGUCAAGUCGUGCGGAGACCUCCAGCAAGUGUCUUUAUCUCAGCUGCAGAAGAGGUUUGGGCCCCGGACCGGACAAACCCUGUUCCGCUUCUGCAGGGGUAUGGAUGACCGGCCCGUUCGCCACGAGAAGGAAAGAAAAUCUGUCUCUGCUGAGAUGAACUACAACAUUCGCUUCAGUAAGGUUGAUGAGGCCGAGUGUUUCCUGACUAAUUUAUCCACGGAGGUGCAAAAACGCUUACAAGAAGCAGGACUGAGGGGUCGCCGGGUUACCCUGAAGGUUAUGGUCCGAAAGGUGGGAGCGCCACUGGAGCCGGCGAAAUACGGUGGACAUGGCAUAUGUGAUAACUUAGCCAGGACCGUGAUGCUCGCUCAGUCCACAGACAGCGGUCAGCUGAUUGCCUCCGCGGUCAUCAAGCUGUUCCACGGCAUGAAGCUGCAGGUGCAAGACAUGAGAGGGGUGGGCAUCCAGGUUCAGAUGCUCGAGGGAAAUCACGCUGCCCCCCAGGACUGCCAGGGCUCUGGAACGCGCUCCAUCAAAGACAUGUUCUUAAAAAUGUCAACGGAGCCGUGCAUAAUUGUCACAGAUGCUGCAGACACUCGCCAAGAGCAGCCUUCCACAUCAAGAGGCCCCUCAGCUGUUUCCACGCCGCGUCCCACGUCACCCGGCGAGCCAACCCCAGGAACAAGCAAAGAGCAGCCGGCCUGCCGACAAACACCAAAACAUUCCCGAGCGCGCCUCAACUUCAGCAUUGAAAUCCCCUCCCCCUCACAGGUGGAUCGCUCUGUGCUGGACGCGCUGCCCGCCGAGCUGAGGGAACAGGUGGAGCAGUCGUGGACUAAGAGAGACGGGAGAUCGAAGAACUGCCGUUCGCCAAGUCUGCAGCUUUCCUCACCCAACCCACAUCCCGCCUCCCCUCCUCAUCCUGCACCGUGCACGCCACCGGCUGGGACAAUACUCCUUCAGAUUCCAAACCAGCCAGACAGCCCAGGAAUUGUACUGGAACUACCAAACUUCUCACAGGUUGAUCCAGAUGUAUUUGCUGCCCUUCCCAAAGAGCUACAGGAAGAACUGAAGUCUGCCUACAGUCGUGCAACAGAUGCUCAACCCCAAGUGAAAAUAGCAGCCAUAUUCCAUACAACAUGGCGUCCUUGUUUGCUAGUGAUGGAGCCGAAGAAUCCCCUGCUGCAGCUGAAGCAGCCUGGGCUGGGAACGGCCAUCGGCCAGGUGAAACGGCGCUACAAGAGGAAGAAUGCAACUGAAAAUGGUCCGUCCACUUCUAAACCAGACGUCCAGGUGUCUGUGGCGAAGCCAGUUCCUCGUCCUGUUCCAACGCUGGCUGGAGCGUGCGAGCUCAUAGACAUCAAAACGCUUAUGCGGGAAUGGGUCACUACAAUAACAGAACCCAUGGAGGAGGACAUCCUGCAAGUGGUGAAAUAUUGCACUGAUUUGAUUGAGGAUAAAGAUCUGGAGAAGUUGGAUUUGAUCAUUAAAUAUAUGAAAAGGCUCAUGCAGCAGUCGGUGGAGUCUGUCUGGAGCAUGGCGUUUGACUUCAUCUUGGACAACGUGCAGGUGGUUGUGCAGCAAGUUUACGGAAGCAUCCUGAAGAUGACGUGAAGAAGGAGCGCAGAGUGUUUUCACCGUGUGCCGUCGAUACAGCAGCGGUCCUUUGCUUUUUUAGCUGUUUUAGCACUGCCGAAUCCCCUGGUGUAGUAACAGCAGGAAAUCGCACUAAAUGAGAAAGAGCUAUGACAGUAUUCGAAAAAUGUAUGUAUAAUGUUUGUGUUUUAACCAACUUGAACUUGCUAUCGGCUCACGACAACCCAAAUAACUAAGAAUUUUUUGCAUGCUUAUCCUUUUCUUUGUCCGUACUCAAUUCUGGUUUGAUUUCUAAAGCAUCCAUUUGAGCCUGCUCUUGUAACGUUUAAAUAUCUCUUGUUAGAGAGUUACCACUUACGUAGCAGUUGAUUUAUUUCAAUUUAUUUAAGUAUUAUGUUACACAAAAAGACCUACAGCGAUAAAAUGCAAUUUCUUUUAAUUUCUUUGUCCUUGUAGCUCUCUUCAAGACAUUUGAAGAUACACAAAAAUGGUGUAAAAAAUCAAUGUUUCUUCAUCAUUGUUAGUUUGGUGCUCUUCAUCAUAUAUCUGUGAAAUAUUUGCAACAGCUGCAAACAGUAGGAUUUCUUUUUUUUCCUCAUCCCUGUCAAAAAAAGUGCCAAGCCUUGUUACUAUAGUGUAAAUAAUGUUUUUAAAGAUCCUUGUCAAACAUUUUGAAAGGAAAAAAAUGUGUAUGUAGAGGAAUUGCCUCUUUUAUUGUUUACUUGUAGUGAAUUCUUAGUAACUGUCAGCAAAUUGUUACUUUUCUCACUCUAAUUUUUUUAGUGUUCCAACAUGGAAAUCAAAAGCUAGCCAAAGUAAUUUUUUAAAGGUUUAGCUGUUGAUUCUUGGUAGCACUCUAAUUUCAAAUUACAUCAACAAGAGUCAUGGCAAUCAAGCAGCCUAUGCAUUUUUCCUUUAUUUUUUUCUCUUCUCUAACAAUUGAGCUUUUUCCUCGCGAUAAUGUAACAACUGUAAUUGAGCAAUUGUAUUGGAGGAAAUCCACCGUUGUAGUGUUUGUUUUGUUUUUGGUAAUGUUUUUUUUACUUGUUUCUUGUGUCUGAUCAUUGAAAUAAUGCUGGAAACAAGUGAUCCGAUUUAUAACUCUGUGGCCCAUCUUAUGCCGCUCACACCAUGGGGACACUAUGGCAUGAGGCUACAUUUCUGUAUUUCUUCUGUGUUCAUCCUGUACAAUGUAUCAUCGAAAGCACCCAGGAGACGCUGCUGGCUGACCUCUGAUCUCUCCAUGGAAGAUUUUAUGUACACGGUUGAAGAGUUUGUUUAAAGCAGUAUCCUUAUGCAAACCCAAACCAGAACUGUUUUCUUUUUUUAACACUUGUUGAAAUGAAUGUAACUUUGAAUGUGCUCGUUUGCAUUCACUCUCAAGAUGUUCUUUGUCUUCGCCUGUCGCAUAUUUCAUGAAAAGAAUGGCCACGAGUAAAAACUGGCCAGGGUUCUGUUUUCUAAACUGGCUCGUGCCUGAAGACCUGAAGCUGUGAACUUGUUUGUAAGUUUUCUAAACCUUGGUAAUAAACUGAAAAGUCUGUAUGAAUCUAUUUGUCCUGGGUUCUUAAUAAUGGCAACUAAGGUUGCAAAAUUUGACAAUAUAUAGAAAU